CCCCUACCCCCUAGACAAGCAUUGGGGAGGGAUCUCCGCCAACACCUCAAAGUACAUGUUACUCCGUUACACUUUACACUACCACUACCACUACAAACUAUAGUACACCUUAACUUUUUUGCCUGCCUAUCCCCAUUUUCCCAUUUUGUAUCUGUGCGCGCGUUUGUGUGUGUAGUGUGGUGCCUGUCUGUCUUGUCGGCUUGUAUUUUUUAUCUACUACACUUUACUGUACAUUAUUCUCCCCGACAAACCAAACGACCUCGACCCGACCUCGACAAAAACGACCUUCAUUUUCGAACAAAUCGCCCUCUCGCAGUCUGUUGUAUAUACUAUUGACCGGAAUUGGACAUCCCACAGAGACACUGUUCCUCCCGAGUCUCGCAAUCCAACUCCACUCCACGUCACUGCACAGCACUGCAGCUCGGACGGCAGACUCAGACUCAGACCCUCCAUCGCCAAAGCGAGCCCACGGCCCCCCGUUUGUCCUCGACCGACUGCAGGUGACAGAACGCGAAAUUCGCCAUACACCUAUACACUCACUCUCUCCCCUCGAUACUAACUCGAUUUCCAAUUCGUUUGCUUUGAGGCGUGCAAACGGAGACGAACGAGUGAGUUGACUUGAUAUAUACGACGACGACGUUGCUCUCUCUCGAGACGUUCGGCUGCUUGCGAGACUACACGACUCGACCCGACGACUGGAUUACACUCACUUGGCACCGGUACUCGACUAUCUACAUGACGACGCGGAUACAUUGCUGCUCUACGCUCACUGCUACGCGUACGAGGGCGUGAGACGGCUGGAUUGCCAGUUAGGGAUAUCUACUUUCGUUGAGAGCUACGAUAAGCUCAGUUGAGGAAAUAUAAUUUAAAGGUCGCAGGCCACAACUUGCAAAACCACACUCACCAUGAACCGCUUCCGCACCAAGAAGAAGGCCAAGGCCGCCGACGAGGCGCCCGCCCGCCCCUCCAACGAUUCCGCAGCGCCCACAUUGACACCCCUGAAACCGGCCAUGACAUUCCGCAGGAAGAAAGAGAAGAACGAGCCGCCGCCGCGCAUGGAGCUCGAUCUCGUCAACGCCCUCCCCGCCUCCGACGAUUUCAGGACGAGUCUGCUCAUGACGGGACUAUCAGCCCGCUUCUCCAUGCUGCGCGAGCAGGACGACCCGAAGUCGAAGAUUGGAAAGGCCAGCGAUGAUAGUGUGCUCUUCCCAAAGAGACAGUCGCGGCUCAACGAUUUCGGCUUCACGCCGCAGGGACUCAGUGAUAUUGCCGAGGUGGGAUCGAUCAGAGAGGCGACGCGCCGCCCGUUCGCGCUGGAUAGGAUGGAUUCCUUCCAGUCGUCUGCGGGCAGCUCCGAGACCGACGCACAGGAGAGUAUCAUGUCGCGCGGCAAGCCAGCGGAGGGAAACAACCUCUUCGGCGGACGACAGAAGAUCUACAAGAUCCCCAUGGGAGGAUCGGCAUCCAUGAAGUCCCUCAACGGCACUGGCGAGUCCAGCGGGCUCGGAGGUCGCGCCCUCUACGGCGACGACGUGAGCCAAUCCGCGUUCCAGAAGCUGAAGGAGCGUGAGCGCGAGGAGAGGGAGAGGGAGAGCGAGAGGCGCAGUAAUGAGGAGGCGUAUCGCUCGGAGUCGCCCCCGUUGGGGUAUAAUCGCAAUCGCGAGACGUCGUCGACGACCUCGUCGGGACCGAAUGGGACGCGUAUGUCGACGGCGGCGACGUCGGUUACGUCGCAGCGCACGCCGUCUGUGACGGGGCAGAGUAGUGCGCCUACUACGCCUGCGGUGCCGGGGCCGGAGCGCUCGUUUACGAAGACGAAGAGAUUGUAUGAGACGGGUCUGGAUCAGCAUUUGCAUACGCAGCAGUUCUCGGCUGCGAAUAGACUGGAUAAUCUGUCGAGACAGGGAAGGAAUCUAGGUGCAAGAAGCCCCUCGCCAGCUGGGUCGCCUGUCCCAUCGCCGAUUGAGGGACCGAGUUCCAACGCGGGGAGACAACAAAGGGUUCCGUUGAGCAGCCCGACAUCACCGAAUAACGGCGGAUUCGACUUCGGCACCAAGCCGACUACCAAGGAUGCGUUGAAGCCGUUUGUCACCACGCCACCCCUGAGUUCGCCUAUCAGUGAAACCGAGGACAAGUCGGCUCUGCCGAUCCAACCGAACGACAAGGGGAAAGCUACUGCUCUGGGAGCGUUUGCAAAGCCCGCACAGCCAUAUGAUGAGAGGAAAUACACGCAGAGGCAGCUCCAGAUGCAACAAGGCCGCGAGACACCACCGCUCCGCAAACACGCACCCCCUCAGUCCUUCGUUCCAAACGCCGCCGGCCAGGAUACCGCGCCACGCAACCGCGCGGGGUCGAAUGCCACAUACCAAUCCGAUGUAUCGCGGUCGUCAUCCACGCAGCGCGAAUUCCAACCCCGUGAACGCAUGUUCCCUCCCAAGAGAGAGCCGCCGCCAGAGCCCCAACCGCAGUCGGCGUCGAUGGGAUCGUUCCUCACGAGUCCUGGUGACAGUAGCGCGGCUAGCUCACCUAGGGGGAGUGGAGAGGCGACGGGUGCCGCGAAUGCGUGGGAGCAGGCUGCGGCGUAUGAUGAGUUUGAGGUUCGCGCGCCUGCGCCUGCGAUUGCGCCUGCGCCUCUGGCGGCAAGGAGGGUGGAGACGGAGCAUCCUGCGUUUAGACAGGAUCGGUUGAAGUUGAGGGAUCUGGAUGAGCAGAGGGGGAUGCAGAAGAUGGAGGCGCCGCUGCGGUCGCCUCCGCAGCAGCAGGCUAAGGUCCCCUCGAAGACCCCGGAGGAUGUCAAGGUUGAGAAGACAAAGGUUGCAUCGCCGCUAGACUCACCGACGCUGCCUGCCAGCGGACUGAGCGGGAUCAUCCGCCAACAUCUCCGCAGCGAGAGUAACACCUCUUCCAUCGGCGGCCCGCCAUCCCCUGUUCUAGGACCGCAGUAUCAAGCUGCGGAUUACACCAUGAACGGUAACCCCUGGGACGACACACCCGCCACCAACGCCACAGACAACGAUUGGGCUCCCCACCCCAACAUCUCCGCCUUCCAACAACCCGCUGCGAUAUCCAGCCCAGCAGCCACGCCUUCACACUUGACCCCUCGCGCCGCUUCCCCAGCGCCCUCGGAUACGCCUUCAUGGGAGAAAGCGAUUAAUCACCACCACAGCCGCGAUGCAUCCACCGAAUCCCAACGCGAGCGCGAAGAUUUCGCCUCCGAGCUCGCUGCGCGCCGGAAGCGCGUACAAGAUAACCUGAGGAGUUUCGCCGAAUCAGACAGCCGCUCCCAGUCCCCUGUUCGCGGGGGGAUGGAGACGCCACCGCCGAACAGCGCGCAGCGCACGGCCUCAGGCAGCGGUGGUGGUGCCGGCCCGACACCGCGCUCAAAUCAUCUCAACUUCAUGAAGGGGAUGACGAGUCGCGAGUCCCUCGUCCCCCGAUCACGGGAUUCCUCAGCGGGUCCGCAGAGUAAGGCGAGGAAGAUGCUCGGGAUGAGCGGGGGGGAGAGGACCACGCCGCCGGGGACGCAUUAUGAUGAUCACCCGCACCCGCAUAACCAGCAGGGUCCGCCACCGAGGUCGCAUUAUGAUUCUGAUUCCGCGGGGGGUGGGGGGUAUGCUAGUAGUAAUUAUGAGAAUUCUGCGCCGCCGCCGCCGAGGAGCGCGCCGAGGGGUCCUCCAACUGGUGGUGGUGGUGCUGGUGGGGCGGCGCCACAGGGGUUGAAGAGUUUUAGGGAUAAGAGACGGGAUGCGCAGAGGGAACGGGAAAGGCAGGUUAUGAAUCGUCAUAGGGCGGGGACGGGGGGGAGUGAUUCGGAUGAUUAUUUUGGUGCUGCGGGGCGUCAGCAACAGCAGCAGCAGGGGAUGCAGCAGCAGCCGAGGCAGAGAGCCGCGCCACACGGACAGGGCGGGAAUGAUAGACAUCACCCUGCUAUGAGGACGCGCUCGCCUAGUCGCGACGCGCCGCCUGUGAGCUAUCGCGCGCCGAGGGCGGGGAGCGUGGAGAGUGGUGCUGGGAGUGGGGGGAGUAGACCGGGGACGAGGGAGAGGAGUGGGAGUAAUGCUAGUGCGUCUGGGUAUGGGGGGAGGGGUGGUGGGGGCCCGGGGCCGCAGCUGAGGGGGGGAGAGGGGGGGUUGUCGACUAUUAAUUCACCUACCUUCCCACCGCCUGCUGUCCCUUUUGCUGGGAACAACGGGGUGGGAAACGGUGCCCCGUCCCCGAGAUCGAGGAGUGCGAGUCGCUCCCAAGCACAGCAGCAGCAGCAGUUUCAGGGGAUGCAGUUAAACCUCGAUUCCCUAGGGACAGCCUACAGCGCCGCCUCUGGGUCAAAUAACUCCCCGCGACCGAGCCCGGUGGUGCCAUUCGCGGUUAACUCCACGCCUGCGCUGGUUCCUACGCCUAAUGGCUUACCUGGGGGUUCCGGACCGACGACACCGUUGACGCCUUCGUCGUCGAGUGGGUCGGGGUCGGCUGCUGCGGCUGCGGCGGCUAUUGCCGCUGCUUCUGCGGCGAGCGCGGCGGCGGGUGUGGGGGGCGGGGGGAAGGGGAGGAAGAGGAGUGUUAAUAAGAGGGAUAUCUCUGAUCCGGUGUUUGUGUCUAGUACGAAUAAAGUCUCAACCGUCGAAUUACCCACCAGCCCCGUCAACUCCCAGCCUGUCGCUACGACGUUCGCGGGCAUGGGAGUGGGAGAGGGGGAAGGGAAGCCGGAGGUUCCGGCGAUGGAUCCUAGGCGCAGGACGAGGACGGGGAUGUUUUGGAAACGUCGCGAUGUUUCGGCGGAGGGGAGUGAUAGCGCUUCUGGAUCGGGUGGUGGUGGUGGUGCGGGAGAAGUCCUGAGCAGUUCCGUCUUUGAGGGCGAUGAUGCGGCGGCAGCAGCAGUUGGACCGCGCGCAAGGCAGAGGUUGAGGAAGACGAGUAGUGAAGGCGGAAACCUUGCUGCUAGAGCGCGCUCGGCGGCUGGGGGUGCGGGGGGAGGGAAUGGGGGGUUGACGGUGGAGAGGGUGCCUAUGCCUGUUAGUGCUGGGGCGGGGGGGUUUCCUGGUAGGGAACAGGGGGAGGGGGGGGGGAUGGGGGGUAUGUUUUAA